AUGAGCGAAGUAGGAGAUUUUCAAGACUUUGUAACUACCUUGGAAUCCUUCAGAGAUUUAAAAUCAGGUAUUUCAGGUUCUCGUAUUAAAAAAUUAACAACGUAUGCACUUGAAAAUGUUAACGAUGGUGAAAAAAUAAUGAAUGUAAUAAUUAAUUAUUCAAAGACCUGUCCACCUAGUCACAAAUUGGGUUCUUUAUAUAUAAUUGAUUCUAUAGGCAGAGCUUACUUAGAUGAAAAAAGAGCAAAAGAUGAAAUUAUUAAUUCAGAGGCUAAACAUGGUAGUUUUGCACAUGCAUUGUAUAUCUUAGGUCAAGUCAUUGAAUCGUUGAUAAUUGAAGCAACUGAAAAGAGUAUUGAAGAUAAUAAAGAUAAAAUCCGUACAUUAAUUGAUAUUUGGGAUAGAGCAGGCUUAUUUAGAAAAGAUAUUUUAAAUUCAGUAAGGGCAAAAUGUUUUUCAAUGAAUGUAUACCAAAAUAAUACUCCUCAUAGUAAUACUAAUGAGAUCACUAAUAAUGUCAAAGUUGCUUCUCUUUCUACCGGUCAAAAUGAUCAAAUUUUGCCAGAAGAUAUUAAGGAUAGAUGCAUCGCUAUUUUAGAUAACUUGAAACCCUUGCCAGUGGUUCCAGAUGUUGAGCUGCCAGAAAAACUUUCAUCAUCUGAUUUAUCGGAACAACAAAUAGCAUUAUUUCAAUUACUGAGUAAUAUCCACCUUCAAACUAGCGGUCCUGUAGUUAGCAGUACCAGAGACAACAACAACGUAGCUGGACAUGUCACAACCGAAUAUGGUAGUAGAAGAGAUAGAGAAAGAGAAAGAGAGUUCACCAACAAAAGAACUAGAUCCAAAUCUCCACCUCAACAACAUAAAAGAAAACAAAAUUACGGGCAAGAUUACAGUAACAAUAAUACCCACAAUUCUCAUAAUUCUCAUAACAGUAAUACCAACAGUAGCAGUAGUAGCGCUAAUCAAAAUAAUAAUCAUCACCUAUAUCCAGAUGAACGGAAUGUGCAAUCUAAUCAGCAUUAUAGACAAAACACUGUAUCUUAUGACCCCAGUAUUCCUCCAGAUUGUGUUAAAGUUCUAAGUCGUACUUUAUUCAUUGGUGGUGUUCCUCCAACUAUGAGAGAAUGGGAUUUAGCUAAUGCUAUGCAACCAUUUGCUGCAGUUCAAAGUGUAAUUCUAAAUAAUGCCAGAAAGCAUGCCUUUGUAAAAGUUUAUUCAAGACAAGAAGCUGAAAAUGCGUUAGCACAUUUCAAUAAGGAUGGGGCAUUGCCUCUAAGAACACGUUGGGGUGUGGGUUUUGGCCCAAGAGACUGUUGUGAUUAUCAACAUGGUUACAGUAUUAUCCCACUCCAUAGAUUAACGGAUGCGGAUAAAAUGUGGUCCACUUCUGCUCAAUGGGGUGGUACCAAUAACGAGCCAUUGGUUCCGGGUAUAGUAUUUGAAGAACCUGAUAUCAAUAUCAGUGAAGGUGUUUCCUCUAAAUCAAUUUCUUAUAAAGUCCCCUCCGAUAGCAUAAGAAGUCAACAGAACUAUCAAAAUGUGAUGCACCAUCAUCCACAGCCACCACAACAGCAACAGCAACAGAUGAUGUAUGGUGGUUACCAAGAUACUAAGUAUAACAAUAAUAACUUUAUGCCUCCACCACCACCACAACAACAAUACAACCAACAUAUGCCUCCACAGCCUCACAUGCCUCACAUGCCUCCACAGCCUCACAUGCCUCCACAACAGCAACCACAAGGAUUCGAUCCAACAGCACAGCUGAAUUCACUAAUGAGCAUGUUAAACCAACAACCACCUCGUUAA